AUGAGCCCCCCGACCAGCAGGGACCUGCACCGCCUCCUGCGGAAGCCGCCGGAGAUCCGCACGCAGGAAGACGUCAGGGCGAUCUCGGAGGGCGUGCGCGGAGUGUCCUUCUUCGAGCAGCUGGACGCGGGGGUGCGGCAGAGCUGCUGCGGUGCACUGAGGCACCAGUUCGUCGAGGGCGGCCACACGAUCUUCAAGGAGGGCGACGCGGGCUCCCUCUUCUACGUCGUGCUCAACGGCGCGGUGGGCGUGUACGUCCGUGACCUCUCGCUGGACGAGGUACCGGACCCAGAGGAGGCCCAGCGGGCGGCGGCGGCGGAGGCCCAGCGGCAGAAGCGGGAGGAGGAGCGGCAGAGGCGGCUGCAGCAGCAGCGCAUGAGCAGGCUGAGCCACCGCGUCUCCGUGUCCGCGGGCAUGGGGCUGGUCAACGCGACCCGCGCCAGGAUGCAGGGCACGCUGUGCGCGCUCCAGGAGGAGGCCUCCGACCCGUCGGAGGACACCGACGGGGAGCGCGAGGAGGACGCGGAGGACGCCCCUGGCGGCCCGGCGGCGGCCGCCGGUGCGCCGCGCAGCGAGGCCAGGCCCGCGCGGCGGGCCACCGGCACGCACUGGCGCCUCGCGGCGUUCCGCGUCCGCGCGGUGGCCCGCCUUCGGAGUGGCCUCUCGCCUCUGCCGGCGGGCCUGAAGCAGGUCGCGACCUUCCGGGGCGGCGACGCGUUCGGGCAGGUGGCACUGCAGAUGGACUCGCCGCGCACCGCUACCGUCCGGACGCUGGCGGCCACGCACUUCGCGGUGCUCCGCAGGGAGGAUUACCAGAACAUCCUCGCCGGGGCCUUCGAGAGCGAGCGGUGUGAGCGCUUUCAGUUUCUCUCAGCGGCGGCGACAUCCCCGCAGCCGAAUUUCUUCUCCUCCUGGUCGGUGCCCUACCUGACUAGGAUCUGUUCGGUGAUGCACCGGAGGGAACUGCGCAAGGGCCAGGUGCUGUUCGACAUCGGCUCGUCCACGGUGCAGGUUUAUUUCGCCCACGGUGGGGAGUUCUCCUUGUGCAGGCCCGUGGAGGCUGUGGAGCCGCCUGUGGGGCCUGAGGCCGCGCAGCCCCCCUCCAAGGGCCGAGGUCUCCCCUGCGGUCGCGACGACGGCAACGGCCACCACUGCGAGGACGGCGCGGCACCGGGGCCCGCGGGCACCUCUGCGGAGGCGCUCCAUGGCUGGCGCCUGGGGCGUCGACGGCUCUGGUGCACGGUGGGGCUCGUGGCACCGCCGCACGCGCUCGGUCUCUCGGCGAACCUGGCCGGCUCCCGGACGCACUCCGAGCGCGCGGUGUGCCUCUCCGUCAUGGGCUGCGUCUACGGCGUGCUCGCGAAGGAGCUGGUGGGCUGCCUCGACGCCCGGGCGCGCGCGCUGGCGGUGCAGGGCGCCUCGGCGCAGCAGGCCUCCCUCGACAGCCGCGCUCGCUCGCUCGCGCGCCUGGCUCGGGCCUCUGCCGCCCCCGCGGCCGCCGCGGCGCAGGCCGCCGCCGCCGGACGGCCUGGGCCAGACUGGGCUGGA